AUGGAAAUCAGGCACAAACCAGCAAACACAAUAAAUAAUUCGACGGAUAGGUGUCACCAGUCAACUGAAUUGAUGCUAUAUCGACCGGUAUCAAAACGGAAUCAGUCAGCAGACCAGUUACACCGAGUCGCUCGUGUUGAAGACACAACACAACAGGUUGGAGCACGCGAUGGGCAAACCCAAGAGCAAACGCCCCCACAAUCACGAUUUUAUUCACGGGCAUUCAACUCGCAGUCAACAAACUCAUCUCCAAAUCCCAAGACCACGUCACGCUCCACAAAAGUGAAAUCAAUCAAAUCUGCCUCGGUCACCGGACCUUCACUAUCUCUGGAGGAGCAGAUCGGAGGGUUUUACAAAGCAACUAUACUUGUCAGGUCCACGGUGAAGCAGGCAAGACAGUUGCGGGAUGAUAAAAGAGCACUCCUCGGCGAGAUCGAGCUUGAGUGGAUCAACUCGACCAUCACCGGUGCCGAAACUGCCGCCAAUGAUUUAGCUGCGUCUGUGAAGCGAUUCAAACAGAGCAGCCCACAGAACCGCUGCAGUUGGAAGCGUCGUGACUACGAGGUCACCCUGGAAAAGGAAUCCCGUGUGCUUCUUGCUCAUGACAAAGUCAAGACGGUUCUUAGCCAUCUUGGCUCACUACAACUCACCUUGGGCAAGGAUGAAUUAUUUUUCUCUCCAUCUGAGGUUUCAAUGGUCGCUUCUGCGAUUUUGGAACUUCCAUCUGAGACGACUGUUCUAUCUGACUUUGAGCUUUUGCCUGUGAAACCUGAGCGACCUAUACCGAAAAUCGUGGUGACACAAUAUGAUGACGAUAAUGAAUACUCCCAUAGCUAUCAAAGUUCCCCUCCAAGCUACGAAGCAAGUGGAAUGAAUGCCAUGGCAGAGUUUCGGUGA